AUGGCAGGGCGGCUCCUCGGCGCUGGCGCGCAGUGGGCUGCGGCCAUCGGCGGGCAGGCGCUGGGCACCUGGCUGGGCGGCACCAGCCAGGGGCACGGGUGCGACUGCUCCUGCCACUUCGAGGCCUCGCCAGACGAGGCGCUGAUCGGGCUGCUCAAGGGGCAGCUCGACAGGUGCGGGCCAGAGCACCUCCACGGGCAGCCCGCCUUUGCACCUGACUGCCCAGCCUGCGCCCCUUGCCCGCCCGGGCACACCGGGCUCGAGGUGGUCCUGGCGCUGCUGUUGGGGCUUGUGCUGGGCGCGGUGCUGCGCGAGGCGUUGGAGAGCCUAUCGAUCGGGUGCAGGGUCCUCGCCUACUACGAUCGAGACGACAACUACUGGCAUGAAAGAUAUAUCAUCGGGAAGGUUACCGACACGUGCUUCAUUGUGGUCACCCCACACUUCGACAUCUACGAGGAGGACUUCUCGGAGAGUCUCGCGCUCUGCCUCAUCGGCCCCCGAGGGGGGCUGCCCACCAAGCUCAAUGGGCACAUCCUGCGCCUGGACAUGGACAGGUUCAGGCGCAACGAGGCGCGACUGCUCGGGGAGGGCCGUCAGCUGGCCAAGGAGAUCCGCGAGGCCGAGGGGCUCCCAGAGGGCCCGCCUGGCGCCCUCGCCGACGCCGCCGCCGACGGGGAUGCUGCCCAGCUUCCCCUGCCGCCGCCCCCAGGCGCCCCUGGGGCCGCUCAGGGCGGCGCUGCUCGCGCUGGUGGCGCUGGCAAGUCUGUUCGCUGGGUGGCCGCCGAGGCGCGGGCUGGCUACAAACCUGGAGACGAGGUCGGGCUGCAGCAGCCCGAGGCCGUUCUGGGCGACCGUGGCGUCUGCGAGCUCACCGACGGCACCGUGCUGGCUGUGGCCAAAGAGGGGACGCUGGAGGGUACCGCCACGCCACGGGCGGCAGCCGAGCAGGACUUGCGGACGCUUCCUGUCAGGUACGACGCGCGUGGCGUCCGCGUCAGGGAUUUCACCGAUGCGGUGGAUCGGAUGUCCUCGACCGCCAUGCCCGACUGGCCUAUCAAGGGCCCCCGCACGACCCUGUGGCUGGUGCAGCAGUUCAAGCGACUCGGUCAGACGCCCUUGCAGCGGCACCAGUGGUGGCGCCAGACUCAGAACCUCACGGCAGCGGAUGCAGGCGUUGACGAGCACCAGUUCUUGUCGGAGCUCCUCGAGAUGGGGGCUCAGACGGACCAGCUUAAUGAAGGUGAGCUGGCAGUGUACGAGACGGUCGCGAGGCGCUACCAGCUCUGGGAGGAGAUCUACGCCAACAGGCUGCGCGAGCACGAGAGCGGUGCGCUGCGCAGCUCAGGGAGUUCGGCGUGGCUGGAUGAGCGCGAGAUCUUCCUGGGCCAGGAGCGGGGCAGAGGAGGAGCGCUCGUCUGCCCUGAGCUGCAGACCUGGGUGGCGGACCGCCUCCAGGCCGAGGCAGCGGUGCUCAAGGAGCGCCGCAAGGGUCGCGAGGAGAAGAUCCUGGCUCGCGGUGUCGGCCCGGGUGGAGGAGAUGACGACAGUGGAGCCCCUGCCAAGGCCAGGAGGCGGCAGGACCAGUGGCUUCUCGAGGGCAUCGCCUCCCUCAAUGAGCUGGGCGGGCAGGGGCGACAGGUGCCCAGCCACGCCCCGCUGACGGCGGCCCAACGUGUGGCCGUGCGGCGGCUGGCCUCGCUUGACGGCAAGUGGUCUCCGCCCGUUGAUCGUCCGAGUCCCCAUGCGGCAUGGUCGUUGCUGCAGGGUCUCAGGCCUGGCUACUCUGAAGCCGAGGCCGCAGGUGCUCGAACAGUCUACCAGCGGGGGAACAUCUCGCUUCCCAAGAUCGGUGCUGGCAAGGUCCCCCUCGUGGACGUCCUUCCUGCUGAUCUGCAAUCCAAGCUGGAGUCUGGGCGCGGGCUGUUGCGUUCCCCUGAGGAGGCAGCAGCGCUAAUUCGUGAUGCAGGUGCUCCUCGCGCCAUGGACCCAAAGCUGGGCCGCCUGGGCUUCGACUAUGGCCACGCGCUGGGCGAGCUCUUCGCCUCGGGGGUCAUUGAGUGCAGCUCAGAGCCGGUGCUCGAAGAGGCGGGCAUGUUCUUCGUCGCCCGCAAGGAUAAGCGGCUGCGUCUCAUCUGCGACACCAGGACUCCCAACAUGCACUUCACUGUUCCUAACCACACCGCCCUUGCGACGGGCGAGGCUCUCUCCUCACUGGAGGCGUCGGGGGUGAACUUCAUUGGCAUGAGUUCUGGAGACGUUGACUGCUGUUUCUAUCAAUACUCACUUCCGCCCUGGUGUAGGCGCUACUUCAACCUGCCGACUAUUCAGAGUCGCUUCUUGCCGCUCGAGGUCAGGAACGCCUGUGGGUUGUCAGGGAAGAGCGGCCAGGUCCGUUUUCGUUUCAAGGUCGUGCCGAUGGGAUGGAACUGGGCCGUUCACUUCAUCCAGGAGGCUCACCUCCACAUCGUCAAGUCAGUUUUGCCGUCCCAGCCGUGGUGCGAGGACAAGCACCCGGGGAUAGACCCGAGCGUGGAGGACGCCAAGGUUUUGUAUAUCGACAAUUUCGCCGUGCUGUCUGCCUCGCCCCAGCGCGCUGCCCAGGCCGCCUAUGACAUGAAGGCGGCGCUCGCGGCCAAGGGAGUGGUGUCCGAGUUGGACCCCCAGGCCAGCGAGGUGGGCGAGCUGCUCGGGUGCGAGCUUGACCUUCGCACAGGCUGCUGGCAGGUGUCUGGCCGCCGUCUGUGGCGCCUGUAUGGCGCGCUCGAACGCCUUCUCUCCCGGAGAGUCUCGGGCCAGGAGCUGGAGCGCCUGAUUGGUCACAUCGUGGCAGCGCUCAUGCUGCGGCGCGAAGGUCUGGCUUUGCUUCAUUCUUCGUACGAGUUCGCGCAGGCCUCCUACACCAAGCGGCAGCCCCUCUGGAAGAGCGUCCUCCGCGAGCUGGGCUGGGUCAAGGCGCUCCUGCCCUGCCUCAGGUCGGACACCAGACGGCCCUGGUCGGAGCUCGUCACGUGCUUCGACGCCUCCCCUUGGGGGUAUGGAGUCGUCGAGACCGAGUGGGACCUGGGCGACGUGCAGCGCGUGGGGGGGGUGUCUGAGCGCGCCCGCUUCAGAGGCGUGCUCGCGACCGAGGGCGCGCCUCGCGAGAGGGCGUUCGAGCACGAGGUCGCCUGCGCGCCCGACCCCGCCCUGCUGCUCGUCGGGCGCGCCGCCCGCUUUCCGGAGGUCAGCCACAGCAAGCUGCAGUCCAGGACCUGGCGAGUGGUAGGCUGCGGAAGGUGGAAGCGGAAGGAAGCGAUCCACGGGCUCGAGGGCGCCGCCCUCACCUGGGCCGUGAGGCGGGCCGGCAGAGAUGCGCGCCAGCACGGCGCCCGCAGGCUUUUUCUGGGCGAUAACAUGUCUCUCACCCUUGCGGCUGCAAAGGGUCGAGCGGCUAAUCAUCGUCUUCUGGGAGUCUGUCGUGUGCUGCUUGCUGUGGGUAUCGCCGCCGAUCUUAAGAUCCAGGUGAGGUGGAUUCCGUCCGAGUGGAACCCAAGUGAUGCACCCUCCCGUCGCUUUCAGCCCAAGCCUCGCGGCCCCGACGGGGUCCCCGCGGCUGCCGACGCCGGGCGGAAUGGAGGUGGCGACGCUGCAGGCAAAGCUGCCGACGCCGGCGAGCCCAGCGAGUCGGCCCCGCCCCCGCUCCGCCCUUCGCGAGCGGAGCUUGCGCAGGAGCCGUUCGCCCUGCAGCCGCACGGUGGAGCGCCUGACGGUGCAGCAGCCGCGGGGCAAUGGCAGCCCCCCUACGGGCCGCCCGCAGGCGCGGCCGCGGUGGCGCUCACCUCGUCGCCAGGCACGCGCCGCAGGCGUCCCGGCGCUGGCUGGGCCAAGGAGCAGACGCGGCUUGCGGCGGCCAAGGUGCGCUUCGCCACGCAGCAGCUGCAUCUUGGAGCUGUCCUUGGUCUGGUUCGCUGGCUGUGUCUGGGCUGCCUCCCGGACUGGAGCCGCCAGACCUGGGACGAGACCCUCGCCGAGUACAUCGAGUCGAUCUACGACAGGGGGGGCUCGAAGGCGUCGACGCAGCGGCUGGCCCCGGCACUGUUGUGGGCGGAGCCCCACCUGCAUACGGCUGGUAUCCGCGAAGUCUUCCCGCUGACCCACCAGACGCUGCGAGGAUGGGGGGUGCUGGAGCCCUCCAAGUCCAGGCCGCCCGUGCCGUACCUCGUGAUGCUGGCGGCGGCAACCUGGCUGUGCCAAGCUGGAAAACCGUUGAGCGCCCUCGCCAUCGUGAUAAUGUUCGAGACCUACACGCGCCCAUCGGAGGUUCUGGCUUUGCGAGCCCGCCAGGUGGUGCUCCCCCUUCCGGAGGAAGGUGGCGCCUCAGCCUUUCUGACCUUUGUGGUGCGAGCAUCGGAGUACGAGGUCCCCACAAAGACCAACGAGUACGACCUCUCAGUGCCCCUCGACCUCCAGAGGCAACAGUGGCUUGUGAAGCCGAUCUCCUUCGUUCAAGCCCUUCGCGAGCCCGACGCGCUGUUCCUGGGCCUGAGCUACACAGAGCUGGCGGAGGACUUCCAGAGCGCGAUCGAGGCUCUGGAUGUGGGUGUACUCAGGCCCACCCUCUACUCCCUCCGGCAUGGAGGGGCCAGCCAGGACCGCAGCAUGGGCGUCAGAAGCUUAGGCGGCGUCCAGCAGCGCGGGGGAUGGAAGACGUUCAAGUCAGUGCUCAGGUACGAGAAGCAUGGCCGUCUGUCCCUCGAGCUUCGCAAGCUGUCGUCCAGGCAGCGCGAGGCCCUGCGAGCCAAAGGACAGGACUGCGCGCUCGCCUUCAACAAGUCCUUGGUGCUGCACUUCGCUCCGCGCCGCACCAGUCCCGCGCAUGCAUAG